AUGGAGCCUAUAGAUCGUUUAAAUUCGAAUUGCUUGUUUGCUGACAGUAACUACUAUGAGAAGGAAGAUGUUAUUAAGAAUUUAUAUAACACAGUGCUUACCAGGACGGUUAAAGAGAUAGACGAAAAAAACUACAAUUUAAUUGAAACGUUGGUGAAGUAUGAAGGGGAGAUAAAUAGAUGUAUUGACAUGAGCAACUAUUACAUUAAUGAAGCAUUCUCAUCAACCUUAAAGACAGAAAAGGUAAGACGCAGGUUGAGGGUUCACAUCUACACCAUUUUCAAUGAUGGUGACAAAGAAAUGAAUUAUCCAGCUGAUAUUGAAAUAGCAGAUUCGGAGAAUAUUUACAAGUAUGCUUCUCCUUCGUCUUUUACAUUUAACAUUCAUGGUUAUAUUUUAAAUGCCGAUGAAAGUGAUUACGAUAAUGAUGCUGAUUCGCCUGGCGUGCAUACAGUCCCAGCUAGCGCAAGUAAAAAUGAUGAUAACGAUUUGAACCAUUUAGUAGACGAAGGUAGGACAAGAACCAAGGAUGCGGAUAGCAAAUGUUCAGGCACAGACAUCGAUGAUUUAUCCGACACGAAUGAGCAGAUAGAUUAUUGCAACACCACUGUUAUGAAAUUUACUUCCUUCUUUUCAACCAUCAUGGUUAUGCGAGACAAAGAAACCAUUAUAUAUGAUAAGAAUAAUAAAAAUUAUUACGAUUGUGAUAAGCUAACAUUUAGUCGUAUAGUGAAUGAAAAAAAAAAGGAGACAAUUAAAAUAUUUCUAUUUUUAGACCAGAAAAUACCAUUUUUCGAACUUUCGCCUCAGUUAAAGAAUUUUAUGCAGUCCCCCGAAGAAACUAUGCCGGAAGUUAUAAAGCGUAUUUAUGAAUAUAGCCUAGAAAAGGAAUUAAUUGAUCCGAAUGGGAUUAUGAGAACGGAUGAAGUGUUAAGAGACGUGUUAGAGAAACAUGUGUCCAUUCAGAAGCCAAUAGUUCUAGAGCACGUUGUUGAUCUAGAGAAGGAAGAUGAAUCGGAGAGCAUCUACGAUAUCGUAGUGGACAUUUUUGAACCCUUCAUAGCUUUCGAAGAUGGCAAGCUUCAAAAAUUUGUUCUGGAUUCACAUCACCUCAGUAAUUUGUUACAGUUUUUAAAAAUGAAUGAAACGAAGGAUGGCAGCAGCGAUAAAAUGAGCAAAUGUCAUGUUGAAAAUAUGAGGAGUUCCAAAGAAGGCAAGGAAGGAGAGGAGUUUGCUGAAAAAGCGGACCAAAGGGACGAAGUCAUUGAGACAAAGAGCAGCGCCGAACAGAAUCGAGAUGCAUCAGAGGAGGAAAUUUCCCAUCGUGAGAACGCCGAAGAGGAGGGCGAAACAAACGUGUGUGAAGAAAAAGGUAAGAAGGAAAAACGCUCAGGGAAAGAAGGCUCUUUAUCGCGCAAGGACACUGAUAAAAAAGAAGCAAAUUUAAAUUCGCCAACAAUUUCUAUAUUUGAAAAGCUAAAUGGAAUACAAGGCGAAAUAGACAACAUGGAUGAGGAAAUUAUAAACAUCUUAUGUAAAAUUAAACAGAAAAAUAGCUUAAGGUUACGUUACACAAAUUUUUAUGAAAACCCAUGUGGCUUUAUUGACCACGUGAUGAAUAGCAAAUUUCCAGUAGAUUUCGAAAGUGUAAACGAUAAUAACUAUAUAUACGACCAAGCGGCAAAUAUCAAUGAUGAUAAUUAUUACAAACUACCGUGGGUUCAUAGGGGAAUUUCAAAAUAUCUAUUAAUUAAAAAUAAAAAUUUUGACGACGUUCUGAAGUCUGUCUUAAAUUCAAUGAACCUAGAUUGUAAAAGAAAAUUAGACGAUAUGAAUACAAACGAAAGUAAAAAGCAAAAACUACAUCUGGGUGCAGAGGAAAAUUUCGAUAAUAACCCUUAUAAAUUUAACAUGAAUUAUAGUUAUCAGAACCAGCCAGAUUUAAAUAACAAUGCGUAUUUUUACUAUCCAAACAAAAAUAUGAAUUUUAAUAAUGCACCAGAACCGUUUAUUAACAACCCUAUGCAAAAUUUUUGCAAUAAUAUGAAUUACGAAAGCAGCAACAUGCCUGUGCCCGUCCCUGUGCCUGUGGCUGUCCCUGUUUCCCCCCCCUUUCCCAUUGAAAUGAUGGCAUUCAACGGGAAUAAUAAUAAAUUGCCAGAAAAUAUGAAUCUCCAAAAUAAUUUCAUGCAGAACAACGAACAAGGUAAUUUUAACAUGUAUGCGCAGCAAGUUGCACCAAAUGCUCCAUACAUGAUGAAUUACCCCCCUUUUAAUGAAAUGCCUCCGCAAAAUGGUUUUAACCCAAUGUACCCCGGGGCAGUACCUAUGGACGGAGUAUAUCCGAAUGGGAACUUCUACAGUGCGAACAACUACGUUCCGUAG